AUGUUUUUGUGGUUCCUUCCUUCAUCCGGCCGGAAGGGCAAUGAGGAAGGUCUCGAAUCAGACAGCUACCCUCUCCUAGAACAGCCAACAGAUAGAAGCCCGUCCAUCCAUGAAACCGCCCCGGAAGAGUCAGAGGACAAGCAUGGCAAUGCGUCUAAUCCCCCCGUGACCUGGUCGUCUCUCCCAAACAAGACUCAACUGUUCAUCCUGCUGGUCGUAAGGUUCUCCGAAGUCGCCUAUCGAUCUUCGACUCGGACGUACCGUUUUCACCAGUUGCGAUGGUUUGACCCGGUCGUGCCAGACUCCAGCUUGUCCACACAGGCGGGGAUCAUCCACGGGUCCUCCACCGCAGUCCAGAUUUUCAGUGGGAUUCUAAUCGGACGCUUAGCAGACACACCAUGGAUCGGACGGAAACCGAUGUUGCUCUGUGGAUUGUUCGGCUAUAUAAUCUCCUCUGUAGGACUGGCCUUUUCAAAGUCAUUUCUCGCCGCCGUGGUCUUCCAAGUGGCGGGAGCAGUCAUGGAUGGCAUUUCAGCGUUGGUCCGUACGACUAUAGCUGAGACGAUGGGGGAGAAGAAACAUUUGUCUCGUGCUUUUGUGCUUCUCCCUCUGUUCGCAAACGUGGGUGGUACUCUCGGUCCCUUCAUGGGGGGCAUGCUGGCUGAUCCGGUGCACAACUAUCCUUCACUUUUUGGUAAGGGAUCCAUCCUCGGCGGUGUCGAUGGGGUUCAGUGGAUGUCGAGGUGGCCGUACGCCCUGCCAAAUCUGGCUACCGCCGGAAUGUGCUCACUUAUCGCUGUCAUGGUCGUCCUCUGUCUGGAUGAGACCUUGCACAGCGCUCGCCAGCGCACCAACUAUGGACGCCAAACAGCAAAGGCGAUUGCACGAUUCCUCUGCUGGCGUCCGAAAAGCUAUCAAUAUCAGCCUGUAGGCGAGACUUUUUCGAUCCUUAGAGUAGAGGGUGCACCCAUUGAGGACUUAAGGAGGCCCCAGUCGCCACACCCUCGAAGAUUGGCAGGAUUUCGCGUCCUCCUGGGGCGGAACGUACUCCUGACUUUAAGCUCCCGGUUUCUAUUCAGCUUCCAUGAUAUUACCUAUAUCUCCCUCUCCGCCCUCUUCUUCCCGACCCCACGAGCAUCACCCUUCGUCCAUCACGGAGUCUAUUUUGGGGGUGGGAUGGGGCUAUCAACCGCAGAAACGGGACUCGCCAUGUCCAUCUCAGGGGCCAUCCUGAUCCCGCUAUCCCUCGCCUUGUACCCGACUGCCUCUGCUCGACUGGGGAUUCUCCGGUCGUACCGCAUUUUCCUCUCCCUAGCCCUGAUCCUGUAUAUCGUGACGCCCUUCCUGGUGUUUGUUCCAGAUCACGUUCUCCCCGUGUGGCUGGCGCUGGGGGCUGUCAUGUCUCUGAUGGGGAUUUCGCGCACCUUCACGUGUCCGGCAUCGGCGAUCAUUCUGAACUAUUGCAUUUCGGAUCCGAGUACUCUAGCUACAGUAAAUGGUGUGGGACAGAGCGUCACCUCAGCGGCAAACACAAUUGGGCCAGUGCUUGGCAGCUGGGGAUUGGAUGUGGGGUUGAAGUCUAAUCUGGUGGGUAUCCCCUGGUGGGGAUUGGGAAUGGUGAGUUUGACGCAGUGGAUUGUUCUGUGCUAUCUGAAAGAUGUGGACUAG